AUGAGCACAGCAGCCACCUACAGACCAGGCAGCCACCUACAGACCAGGCAGUCACCUACAGACCAGGCAGCCACCUACAGACCAGGCAGCCACCUACAGACCAGGCAGCCACCUACAGACCAGGCAGCCAAGGGACCAUGGAAGAUCCGGACACCCAGGAGGGUGACCCAGUCCACCAUCCUCUACCUCAUCCAAGAAGCCACCAAGUUAGCAACUCCCACCCCUGUCCACAACCACUCCAUAGACUUAAAGCCUAGUACACCUCUAUCAAAUGAAAGGUCUAAAAAGGAUCAAGUGUCUGAUCAUAGGCCUUAUCCUCCUCAGCACAAUUCCUCUCUUACGAGCCUUCAUAACCAGCAAAAAGAUGACUUAAAACAACAUAGGAGCCAUACAAACUCAGUCCUGCCCAGCCGUCAUAGUAGCAGCAGUCCAUGGGAGUUGAUGAGUCUGAUCAACAUGCAGUGUGAGAGACUCCUCCAUUCAGACGACCAAGAGGAGGGGGCCUCAGCUAGGGCUCAGUUGGUUCCUAUAGACUCUGACGAUCAUCCUACUGAAGGUGUGGGGUGCAGUAAGAACACAGUCCCUGUCUGCCCCACUCUAGUCAGUACCAGGGGGGAUUUUCCCCAUCCUCAUGACAGGUCCAGGGGAGAGAUUGGUGAGUUGGGUGGAGGUGGUGAUUGCUCACCCACAAGUCCAGGUACCAAUUCUCAGACAUCACCGGAUGUCAAUGGCAGCUACAACACUAAACCUGGUGUGGGAGAUUCAGAAUCUGAGGUUGUGAUGAACAAAGACACAGGAGUCACGUUUUGUCUUGGCGGUGAUGGAUUGUCUGUGAGUGAAGAAAGCAGAAAGGUCCUCUGUGCCUUAGUCAAAGAAGACAACACACUGAAGGAGGCCCGUCCUGAGGCAAAAUACAAAGUAUCAGUUAAACAUCCAUCUGUAUCAUAUAUAAACCUAUUUGGUCAACCGCUUGACCACAAAGUAGCUACAAUUAAGGAUGCAGCAAGUCUAUCAUCUCCCUCCAUAGACGCCAGGACAUGCAUACAUCCAGGCCCAGAAGAGCUGAACCUUGACAUGACCGUGGACUUCAACUCAAACAUAUGUUUCACCUUUGACCCCAAGGAAGACAUGCCACCACCCCCAAACUCCCCUCGUACUAUGUUGCUCAUAUUGAACAGUGAAGCAGGGUCUGUGAGUGUGAACGCAAAGUCAGUUCGAGAUGCCAUUUUUCCAGGCAGCAAAGCAGAGCUCAAUGAACGCUGCAUGGAAGAGGACACAGACAUAAUACAAGAUGCCAGUCUUAUUACAGACUAUCCAUUGGACCUCACCCAAAGCUGCAUGGACAUGGAGGAUGACAUGGACACUCUCCCCCCAGCCCCCCAGUCUCCCUCUCCAUCUAACCCCAUGUGGAGGACCACCAAGGCCCCGAGGAAGCAGCCCAAUCCCAGCCGGAGUGUGGAUGUUGGGGACCCAGACUUCCAGGGAGUGACGUUCCGGAUGCAGACAGAGCUGGACGACAGCAGGGAGCAAUAUCGCCUUCUCAUCACCUCCAGGAAGUACAGUGAAGAGCCCUCUAGUGGUCCGACCCGGAGGUCACCGAGGGCAGGCAGGUCCCGUUCAUCCCAGAGUUCCAUGAGGACCAGCAGCUCUGAAGAGAGCAACCCCUCCUCCAAUUCUACAACCUAUUUAGGAGGAUUAUGGCACAAGGCCUAUUUGUUUGUGCUGAUAGUCACUCCUUUCUCCCCAUCAGAGAAUAAGAUCUGUGCCUCCUGCUGCACCAGGAAGACACCCCUGUGGAGAGAUGCUGAGGACGGGACCCCGUUGUGUAACGCCUGUGGAAUAAGGUAUAAGAAGUACAAGGUACGCUGCCUGCAGUGUUGGCACAUCCCUAGGAAGGAGGGAAACUCCAACUCAUGCUGCUUCAAAUGUGGAAACUUACUACGUCCCACCGCAAGCACUCCACCUGAUAGGGGAAGGGAACACACUUAGGCCUUGGCAUGAGGUCCUAGACACUGAUACCACAGCCAAUCCCCCUCCAGGUACAAGGUCAUUGGCCCCACCUCCUGACUUUGAGACUCAUUAAGUUAUUUGAUAAUUAUUACAUGACAUCAUUUCAUAGUGGGUCACAGUGUUGUUUGGCUGAGCCAUGGUGGGUCACAGUGUUGGCUGAGCCAUGGUGGGUCACAGUGUUGGCUGAUCUGGCUCGGGUCUUGCUGCUUUUAGCACUGUAGCGUGCACUCGUCACUUUAGGAAGAAGGAGUCCAAUAGGAGAAGAGUGUCUUUCUGCUUGGAGGCUGUGUCUGUUGACAAUAGACUGUCUGUGUCCGAAACAACUCUGACAAAAGUAAUGCACUAUACAGGGAAUUGGGAAUCUCUGGCCAACAGUAGUGCACUAUAGGGACGAAGGACCCAUGGCUCUGGCCAAAGACGGUGCACUGCUAUACUGGGAAUAGGUAGCCAUUUUGGAUUGUUUACUCUCCUUGUUUACUAGACCUUGGUGCUAUCCAGUUUAUAUGUUACAUUAAGGUAAAUGAAGUUGUGAUAUAUUAUCUGUUGUUCUUGUUGAGUUUGUAUAUAUAUAUUUUUUUCUUUUCCUUUUCUUGUUGUUUCUGGACAGCCCUUAGCAUUAACUGGCUGGAUUAGGGAUGAAGCAGUUCCAUAUAUUUACUGUUUCCUGUCAGAAAGAAACGUUUGUGUUAGUGUGCUACACUUUUGGGUUUGGUGUGCAUAAAGUUCUUGUUAAAAUA